AUGAAUAAUUUUUCAACGAUUUCAGUGUUUUUUCUUUCAGGUUUGAACGAAACAAGUCAGAAUCAAAAAUCAGCUCUCUUCUUUGUCAGUUUGAUGUGUUACUGCAUAACUCUCCUGGUAAAUGUUUCUCUUAUUUUGAUCAUCAUCUUGGAUAAUGCAUUUCAUGAACCAAUGUAUAUUCUGCUCUGUGCUUUUUGCAUUAAUGCACUUUUUGGAACAGCAGGUUUCUAUCCUAAAUUUCUGUGGGAUUUACUCUCUCCUGUUCAUGUCAUCUCUUACUCAGGCUGCCUUUUUCAGGCUCAGGUGUUGUACUCCUUUGCUUGCAGUGAUCUGUCCAUCCUUGCCCUCAUGGCAUAUGAUCGGUAUCUGGCUAUAUGUUGUCCUCUGGAAUACCACUCUGUCAUGUCAGUGCAAAGAGUCAUUAAGCUGGCAUGCUUUUUGUGGUUAACAUCUUUUUUUAUCGUUGCAGUCAAUAUUUUUCUUACAUCAAGACUGAAAUUAUGCAGACCAUAUAUUAACAGACUUUUCUGUGUGAAUUGGAGCAUUGUGUCACUGACAUGUUUUCCUAAUGAAACAUCCAUGAAUAGCAUUGUUGCGAACAUUACAAUAAUAAUUUAUAUUGUUCAUGGCUUCUUUAUUGUAUGGUCUUACAUGUAUAUUGUUAAAAGAUGUGCCAAUUCUAUUGAAAACAGGGCAAAGUUUACGCAAACCUGUGUGCCGCAUUUAAUCUCCUUGUCCACCUUUAUUGUGACUAUGAUGAUUGAUAUUAUUAACAAUCGACUUAGUUCUAAAGGUUUAACUGAGACUUUGCAAAAUUUUAUUGCAAUGGAAUUUGUUGUCAUUCCUCCACUUAUGAAUCCACUCAUUUAUGGUUUCAAGUUGACCAAAGUUAGAAGCAGAAUUAUUGAUUUUGUUGCUUUUAAAUUUAAAUAA